AUGGCGCGAGCCACCCCAUCUCCGAUUAAACGCAGAGCAGGUCCGAAAGGUCAUGUACCGUACAAUGCCAGGCCAAAAGAAGUUGGAACCCGGACGGGGAAAGCCAUGCCUAUGAACGUACCACGAGGAUCGGACGGGUUCGAAGACGUCAACGCCUUUUUUGAAUCGCCUGCUGUCGGUCUCACCUCAACAGUCCGAACGGUCAGAACACGUCGAGAAUUUGAUACUCCUGGAGCGAGUGCCUUUAUCACUCCCUCUCACACCGGCAAACGUGGGAGGAUGGCUGCAUUGUUGGGAAGUGAUGAUGACGAGGAGGACGGUAGUGGGUUGGGGAAAGGAUUAUUGGAUGAAGAUGAUGUCUUGGAGCCUCAUCUAUCAUCACCGAACUUGCCUUAUUUUUCAGGAUCCAAUCCUCCGAAUGUGCCAUUUCCCCGUCGAUCCAAGGCGACAACCGCGUCUCCUGCCGUAGGAUUCGACGAUCUCCCUACUCCUAAAGGUCGGAACGGUCGACAAUCCACGAUGUCUGGGGCUUCGCCCGGAAUGGCUCUCACUAGUCGAAGAAAGACUUCCGAGGCCGCGUCACCCAACAUUGGAGAUGCCAGCUUUGGCGUCGGGGACAAUUAUGGGGAUAUGGGCGAUUACAACCCCAUCGAACUGGAUGUGAAUGACGCGAUGGUCAAUGCUGCCAUUGAGGACGAUGAAGCACCGGUAAGAACGAAAAGCAAACGGUCGACCCAGGAGGCCAGGGCGGAUGAAGAGGAAGAAGAAGAGGAGGUCGAACAACACAUGGCUGAUGCCGAUGAUGCUGCUAGCGACGCAUCUGAUGGAGGCGGUGGAGGAGGAUUUGAGGUGGACGACGGUGGAGAGGGAAUGUCACUCGAGGAGGCUGCGAUCGCGCAUGAAAACGGGGAUGGUGAUUCAGUUCAGCACAGCGAUGAAGACAGGAGACCACUCAAGAAGGGCGGCGCCAAGAAACGAGCGCGAAAAGAGACUGGUCCUGCGCGAUCAAGGACACCUCAAACUGUACGCGAACCAAAGCAUAAGAGGGUGUCCAAGUUUGGUGUUGCCGAAGAAGAAGGAUACGAGGGCGACUUCAUCUGCCGACGAUCGAAGCGCAAUCACUUUGCUCCUCUAAAGUAUUGGCUUGGCGAGCAUUUCGAAUACACUCGUGGUCAAUACCAACCCGUCAUCACAGAGGUGGUACAUGUUCCCGAAGUCCCCGUCGAAUCUCUUGGAGCGAAGAAGAAGCAGCGAAGAGCAAGAUCACGCAGUGCGAAGCCCACUCGAGAUGAUUCGAGUGAGCCUGUUGGACGGUUCGGAAUCGAAGAUGGUUGGGAUGCGGAUACUGAGCCAUACGGAUUGGUCCAGGAUUUUGUCAGUCAAAAGGAACAACAGAGGCGUAUCGCAUAUCCGCGUCAUCGCCUGGAGCCCCAGCCAGUCGCAGGAGGUACGUUCAAAUAUCAAAAGGUAUUUGGAGAGGAUCUUUUCAUCGCUGGCGGGGUGUUGUAUGUUCCCGUGGGCGGCAUGAAACCGGGCAAGUUCUCCAAAGACAAUGCCUACAUAUUUUACGUAAUUGCCGGAGCUGUAGAGGUCACUAUUCAUCGUACGGAGUUUGUCAUUGCGGCAGGAGGCAUGUUCUUCGUACCGCGAGGAAAUCACUACCAGAUCACCAAUAUAUCUGAAGAGACCGAGGCAGAGCUUUUCUUCUCUCAAUCACGCAAAAUUCAAGUCUCAGAAGGUGAUCAAGCUGCUCUUUCGCGGAUAGCGAGUGAACGAGGCUCCAACGAAGAAGACGGAGCUGGAGAUGAGAUCACCAUCAAGACGCCGAAAGCCAAAAAGCCAAAGCAGAUGCGUAAAUCUAAAUCAAAGGCUUGA